AUGUCGCCGGAAGAUACCCAUUUGUGCGCGACUAUCGAAUGGAGAAUACUCUCCAAGUUAUUAAGAUACGACCUCGCGCGCUACUGCAAUUUCACCCACAAUGCCCCUAAAAGCAGGACUAUUCAAGAUGCCCUGGCUGAUCUUGACUCUGAAUUACCUGAGAUAUUCAGGGCCAUACAGCUUGAGACUUUAUUAGAGACCAAAGACGAAGCUUUGGACGAGGUUGCUUACUACGGUAGUAGCAACGUUACCGACGGCGAGGAUUCAUUUUUGCAGCCGCCUACGAGGCGCCUGGCUAUUACAUAUUCUCGACGCGUAUAUAAUAUCCUCAAAGAAUUGUGCUCCUUUCUCGAAGAGCGAGUAAAUCCAGCGCUGAUUGUACCGAAGGAUGGGGAUGAUAAUGGUGCCUAUCAAAAAUUGCAGCUUUUCCUUGACCGCAUUGAAAAAAUGGAUUCCUUUACUAAGAAUCCUAACUCUACCCCGGAUUUCGAUUUUCAGUCAACACCAUUUCUCUCCGUCGUUUCUAAAAGCAGAGCGAUGAAGCCGACCUCUACCAGCGAAAGCCAUACCAAUGAAGUUCUCGAGCAGCAGAUGCUUCAGGAGAUUAAGGACUUGCGUGCCACUCUACUGAGAUUGGAUACAUUAUACAAUGAAAUUCGAGUACCAAGGAAAAUCGAUAAGAUUUCAAUUCAUUAUGGCCUACACAAUGGCCUCAAUGAAGGCAUGACGGACUCGCUUUCUUCGUUCAACAUGCUGAGGAAAUAUCAACAACGAACCGCCACUGCACGUCGCGUGAUAUGUGACAGCUUCAACAAGUGCUCACAAGAAGAAAAAGGCCGACAGCAUGAAGCCUUCUUCCAGCUUCCCAGUUGGGAAAUGAUGUCUGACUAUUACUCGCCACAAGAAGAACUCCCUCAGCUUUUCUUCAUUAGGUGUUCAGAGACAAGAAGCGAGGGUAGCGACUGGUGUCACACGCGCAUGUAUCCUUUCCCGACGGAUGGUACGAAUCAAUGUAGAAGGCGGCCGCUCUGUCUGGCAAUGCGCUCUGCCACUUCUAGCAAAUCAGAUUUGGACGUCUACGCCCCGGCGCAUCCUGAGAGCAAUGGGUCUGACAAUGUUACCAUACAUACCCCAAUUCAGCUACGUCACUCUAGAAGAUAUGACAAAAGCAUCCCUGGUGGUGGUUCAAGUCUCAGGGAUUUAGCCAAGAUAGGCUAUUUCUUUUGGACAGAGAACAUGGAUUUCGCGGAACGAACCGGCGGUGAAGAUAAAAUACUGGACAUUGGCCAACGUACGGCUCUUGCCAAGAGGCUCGUUGUUUCCCUGAUGCUAUCUGUUCACUCUGACCGUACCAUUGACGUUUGGUGCCCAAAAUACAUUCGAUUCUUACACCCUAGGGACACGGAGUUGACUCCAAUGAUACCAGUAUAUGAAAGCCGGGGAAGCCAAAUCUCGUGGGGCUCCAAACUGCCCAAGAUUCUGGAUCAACUACGCUUAGAGGAUGGAGAUUAUGAUCAAACACUUCCCAUCUCAUUUUAUGAUUUAGCAAAAUCGUUGGUACUUAUCGCAGACGGGUCGCUGCUUGAACGCCAUGAAAUCCGGAAUGCAUCAAAAUACAACGAAUCAUGUGUCGAGCUUCGAAAGCUGAUUAGAGCGCGUAUCCAAGGAAUUCAAAACACAUCGCGCGAAAACAAUGCCCCCGAUAUUUUACCUUUUUUGAACGCUGCCAACAACUGCUUAUACUUCCACGAGCGAUACCCGACCUACCUUGACGAAGAACCGUCUGGUGAUGAGAAAGAAGCUGCGUUCAGAUUUGUAUUUGAACAAGUUCUCACUGUGGUAGACGAGAGGCUGAGAUUGGAGAAUCAAGUUCAACCGAGUCCUGUCAUUCCAACAGUUGCGCUAUUCGAUGGAACGACUUGUCUGACAGUUAAAAAUUUUGAGACGGAAAGAUUUAUGGCUUUUCUCGAAAGUUUCCCCGAAUCAUACUCACGACUUCCUCCAAGCCAUGCUGAUAUCGCCACUAGGCGAGUCCGUAUUGCACUCAUUGAUACUGGAGUGGACUUUGCGCAUCCUGGAAUCAUGAAUGCGAAAUGUAAAGGGCGCAUGAAAGAAGACUGGUGUCUCCGCUUUUCUGAUGGCAAAGUUGACAAGGAUAUAAUGGACGAAGUCGAUUCUCUACACGGGUCGAAUUGCGCUUCUCUCAUUCAUAAAGCGGCUCCAGAGGCUGAUAUUUAUGUAGCCAAGGUGUUCAAAGGCACUACGCUUGAAAUAAAAGAAAUUGCUCAGAUAAGCAAGGCAAUCGAUUAUGCGAUGAAAGAGUGGAAUGUGGACAUCAUCUCGAUGUCCUUUGGCUUAACGCCACCUGACGCGCGCCAAGACGGAAAUACGCAGUUGGAAGAAUCAGAUUUGAAGGAGUAUGAAGAAAUCAUCAACGGCAUUAUUAAAUCGAUUAACAACGCAAUCACGUCAUCUCGGCUCGUAUUUGCCGCCGUCUCGAACGAUGGCAAGAAUAGACGUCGUACGUUUCCAACCAACUAUCCUUCGGUUUUUGGCGUUUAUGCCUCGGACGGACUGGGCGCUGUUUCUAGGAUGAAUCCAUCCUCACAAGAAGACGAUAUUAAUAUUAUGACACUGGGUAUUGAUGUGAAGGUGUUUGAAAGGAGGCAGGUGGACAAAAAUGGUGUCUCUUCGUUUAUUCGUGAGCCAAAGCAUAGGUCUGGAACAUCUUUUGCGACAGCGAUUGCGGCCGGUAUAGCAGGCACGGUCUUGGAUAUAGCAGACCGCGGGAAAGAGAUGGAAGAACAGACCAGAAAAAGGCUCAGAAACUAUGGGGGCAUGAGGAGGGUAUUUACAGAGCUAUUGCCGCGCGACGAAGAUAACCAUUGCUACUUGACGCCGUGGCAUCUUUUGGGUAGGAGUUGGGAAGCAGAUCAGUCCAAACAGAGACUUCAAGUGGAAAAAGUCAAUAGGAUACUCAAGUACUAUGUUGAGGUCUAA